AUGGACAAAAGAGAAGAAAGCUCAUUAAUACAACAUCAUCUCCAGGUUGGUCGGCAGAUGAUUCAAGAUCUCCUCAAUGACGCAGAAACAGUCCAAACCCUCAUCGAUGAACUUGAUUCUGACUCGGAUGAAGAAGUUGAAGAAGUUGAAGAAACCACCAGACAAAGGCCGAACAUUGACCGUGACCGAUAUGAUUUCCACGAUAAGCUCAUGGCUGAUUACCUUAAUGAGAAUGCGAGGUAUAGCAACAAGGACUUUUCUUGA